AUGCUCUACCUAAUUGGACUUGGACUGCAUUCAUACAAGGACAUAUCUCUUAGGGGACUCGAUGCUGUCAAGAACAGCUCAUACACAUAUCUGGAGGGCUACACCUCAAUCCUGAACGAGCCAAUCAAUGGCCUUGAGUCCAUACUUGGCAAGAAAAUACAAAUUGCAAGCAGAGAGACUGUUGAGCAGACUGAUCAAAUAAUCAGGCAGGCUGCAGAAUGCAAUGUAUCUUUGCUUGUUGUGGGAACGCCACUGUUCGCAACAACACACACAGACAUACUGAUAAGGUCUAAGGAACAAGGCGUGCAUGUUGAGAUAGUCCACAACGCAUCAAUAAUGAAUGUCAUGGGAUGCUGUGGGCUUUACUCAUACUCGUUCGGACGAGUGGUCACAGUCCCAUACUUCACGGACACAUGGAAGCCAACAAGCUUCUACACAAACAUUGCUCAAAACAUCGAAAACAAGCUCCACACCCUGUGCCUGUUGGACAUAAAAACAGACGAAGAGCGCUUCAUGAGUGUGAACGAGGCAGUGUCGCACAUUCUUGAGGCUGCAGCCAUCUGUAAGUCCUCAGCACUAACCAGUGGCACAAAAAUAUUUGCGGUCUGCAGGUUUGGAUCUCCCACAGAACAGGUAACUUAUUGCACGAUGGAUGAUGCGCGCAAAAGGGAUUUCGGGAAACCACUUCACUCACUCAUCAUUCCUGGAGGACUGGAUCGGAUCGAGCAGGAGUUUGUUGAAUUGCUGAAUCCAAGCAGUGGCUCUAAUGCUCUUGAUGAAUAA